AUGGCUGAAACAAUGUCGACGACUCGAAAAGCUCCCUUCUCAUUCUGGCGGUUCAUUCAAGCUGAAUUUACCCGAGAUUAUAUGCUCGAAUGUGAAGAACAAAAGUAUCUCGAAAAACGAGAAAGAAUUUACAAUUUUCUUUUGAUGUCAUCAAGUCUUGAAAAGUUUAUGCUUUAUGGCUUUUGUCAAUGUUUGGAUACAUUUCUAUACGUUUGGACAUUCUUACCAAUACGCAUUACACUUGCUCUGAUACAAGCGAUUGGUACACUAUGCCGAUUUCGAACGUCAAAACAUUCUCGUUUAUUCGAACCCGCACAAAUUAUUGAUAUCGUUAAAGGCUUGAUUGUACUUGGAUGUGCUGUUCCAAUGUGUUUUAUGGACAUAUCCGUCGUCUAUCAUACCGUCCGUGCUCAAGCGGCAAUUAAACUCUAUAUGUUUUUUAAUAUGCUCGAAGUCUGUGAUCGAUUACUGUCCUCAUUUGGUCAGGAUACACUCGAUGCUGUCUAUUGGACGGCCACUGAACCACGUCGUAAACAUAGUGCUGGAAAAUUAUUGCUUUGGUUGAUUAUCGCGAUUGUUUAUUGCACUAUUCAUGCUAUACUUGUUCUUCUCCAAGCAAUAACGUUGAAUGUCGCAUUUAAUUCUCAAAAUAAAAUGUUGCUAAUUAUAAUGUUAACCAAUAAUUUUAUUGAAUUGAAACAUAGUGUGUUUAAGAAAUUCGAUCGGAAUAAUUUAUUUCAAUUAUCAUGUAGUGAUUGCCGAGAACGGUUUCAUUACGUGAUUCUAUUGUUUGUUGUUUGUGUGCGUAAUCUUGAUCAGUUCGAUUGGGACAUGAGUCAAUUUUGGCCGUUGAUCGAUUUUAUUGUAGUUGUUUUUGUUGUGGAAUUUUUUGUCGAUUGGGUCAAACACGGUUUCAUUCUCAAAUUUAAUGAACUUUCCUCCGAAGUUUAUCGAGAAUAUACAUUGAGUUUAGCUCACGAUAUGGUCAAAACCAAACAAGAUAUUGCUUUAUCGGAUUAUACAGAUUUGCUUAGCCGUCGGUUGGGAUUCAUACCAUUGCCUUUCGCAUGCUUAGUUUUCGGUGUUCUCUUUCAAACAGUCAAUGUCAAGACAAGUCUGUCUGUAAUCAAUGUGAUAUUAGCAUUUUUCUGUCUCGUAGCAACAAAAACUGUCGUCGGUACAAUUCUACUUGGUAUCUCUUGUGAAUAUGUGAAUAAUAAUCGAAAGGAUACCAUGGGUAGUACAGUAUCGAUCAAAGAACAAGUAGCGAAUGCAGCAACAACCGCUAAUGAUCUAUCCACAGCUGAAACGACACACCCAGUACCGCAGCCCUUGGAAAAAACACAUACACGUAGUCUGAGCCUUGUACAUUUGAAUGAAUUAGCCAACCAAAAAUUUCCAUCCGAACCACCAGGCCUGCCCGUUAUUGACGGUGGAGAUGAACUGAAUGAGACGUCAUUUCGUGAUGCCGAUGACAAUUACCAAUGCUUAAUCAACGAUCAGAAUUGUCCACCAACGCCGAACUUCUCUAAAGCGACGGCACCCAGUUUUAUUCUAAAUGAAAAUCUAAAUAAUAAUAACAGUUCCACGACUUUGUCAAGCAUCACGAAUAAAGAUGAAGGGAUUAUGUUCACAGCUUCAUCAUCGGCAGCUAAAAAGCCGGAUUUAGACGAUGUAGAACGAUUUAAAAUGUGUGGAAAUUCCAUAAUUGCUUAA